UGAGGUUUGGAUAUUGUUUGGGUUCGGGAAAUGGGACUCGAAGUUUACGCACUGGUGAUUUUGUCCUCGCUGGCUCUUCUCGCGGUGGCCGUAGAUGCACAAAACGAUUUUGGUGAAGAAUCAAGUGGUCCGAAAGGGGAAAAAUUGCCUUGGUUUAAUUACGAAAUAAACAACUAUCUCAUAUAUUCCCUGUCGAAGAAGCCUGACCAAGAGCCGAACGACGAAAGUGCCGAUUCUCUGAUUGCAGGAAUCGUGGAAAAAAUCUUGAGGGAAUCUGAGAUCAGCGGGGUUGUGAUAAUUCCAGAAUUCUCAACGUCUUCGGGAGAGAGAUUUCUCUCCUCCACUCAGCGUUCAAGAAAGCUUCCAAAAAGUGGGGGAAGAGCGUAAAGAAGCUGAUUGACUCAUGGAAGGCGAAAAACUACUCCUUCGAAAUUUUCUUUCAUGAGCUUGGAAACAACUCAGUGACUGAGGAAAACCAACGGCUCCGUGGGCAGAAAAGGAAAGCUGAACUGGAUUUAGCCGUAGAGCAGGCAAAAAGAUUAAAAAUUGAGCAGAAACUUGAAAAUGUCAUUAGGGACUCGGAAAACAGAAAAGAACAGUACAAAGAAAAAUUCAAGAGAUGAGCGAAGAAAGCAGCAAGAAUGCAAAAAAAAAAGGAACAAAGAGGUCCAAACAAGAAUAAAAAGUUCGCCGAUUACACCAAACAACACCAGGCAAGGAUAAGGCGAACAUUCAAAGAAGACUGCCAGUCAGCACUAUCAUUUUUAGGCCUGUAUGACCUUGUUGUCACCAAGGUGGAGAUAUUUAAUAAUGACACCCAGCAAUAUGAAACUAAUUCAUUGGUAGAGGAGGGAGAAUUUCAACUACUAGAAACUGAGCCAAAAGAACUGACUGACCAUGAUAUUGAUGAUAUUAAUAUGUGGGUCUACUUAAAAGACAAAUUUAAUAUCUCUAAUGAAGCUUGGCAUGAGUUGGCCAUAAAAUGUAAAGACAUGCCCACAAAAUAUAAGGUAUGUAAUCAUCUAGAUAAGCUAAAUUCCAAUUGGAAUCUAAAAAAAAUACCAGGGGAGGCAGAGGGAAUACAGAUUUCUUUCAGGGACAGUCUUGAAGAACAGAUACAAAGGUUGCAGAAAAAUGGCGUAUUGGACGAGGCUACUACUAUUAAAGUAAAGAUCAGUGGUGAUGCUACCAACAUUGGGAAGAGGCUUAAACUUGAAAAUGUAACAUACACAAUUUUGAAUGAAAAGGGUGCAGCAAUGAAUGAAAAAGGGAACUAUGUUC